GACUUUGCAGACCACUAGGUCAGAUAUGGCCCAUGGACUAUAUCAAUGUCACAGAAAUGGAAAUAUUGUUGCUGGCACAUAUUAGAGGUUUUUAAAUAGUUGAUCAGUAGUAUAUGAUUUAUAUCUUUACACAGCAGUGACAUUUUAAGCUUAGCAGUUCAAAAUCUGGUGACAUGUUGCAACUGCUGUAUAGCCAAACUUAGAAGAAUAAGACCUAGAAAUGGAAACAUGUAAAACUUUAUUUGGCAAGUACAGUUUAUUAGUAUGUUUUACAGUGGAUCUUUAUCCUUUCCCAAGAUUUUCAUUGUAAAUAAUUGUGGAUACUGUGUGUAAUCUGUUUUGGUGAAAGAAUUUUUAAAUAUUGGGGGAAAGAAUCUUUUUUUAAAAAAAUGUGGCUGCACUUCCUUUUUUUUAGAAAAAAUGUAAACAGAAAUCCUCUUCAGGGGUUGUUUGAGAUUAAAAUCUGUUCAAAGCAGAUAUUACUUAAAAUUCAGACCACAGAAAUGUGCCCAGUAAAAUGCACUAUUUUCCUGAUUCAUAUAUUUAAGACUCUGAAUCAGGUUUUUGUUUGUCUCUCUUUUAAUUGAAAGAUAAUCCUAGAGAAAAUGGGACUAUGAUCAGAUCAUCUACAUUGGAGGGUGGGAGGCAGGCAAGCAAGGGAAACUGCAGAUGUGUGACCUUGGUCCACCUGCAGAUAAGUUUAUAUUUCUUCGAUAAAAAGAGUUCUUUUGCAGGUGAUAAAAAGCAGACUCUGCAGUGCGAAGGAUGGCAGCCCGGCGUGCGCUAAAGGCAGUCCUGGUGGAUCUCAGUGGAACACUUCAUAUUGAAGACUCGGCUGUUCCAGGGGCCCAGGAAGCUCUUAAAAGGCUGCGCAGUGCUCCAGUUUCCAUCCGGUUUGUGACCAAUACGACAAAGGAGUGCAAGCGAGAUUUGCUGGAGAGGCUGAGGAAACUCGAGUUCGACAUCAAGGAGGACGAGAUCUUCACGUCUCUGACGGCAGCCAGAAAUCUCUUGGAGCAGAAGCAAGUCAGGCCCCUGCUGCUUGUCGAAGACAACGCACUGCAUGAUUUCAAAGGGAUCGAUACAGGCGAGCCCAAUGCUGUGGUGAUAGGGCUUGCUCCUGACCACUUCAAUUACCAAACGAUGAACAAAGCAUUUCGACUGAUCCUCGAUGGCGCUCCCCUCAUAGCUAUACACAAAGCCAGGUAUUACAAGAGGAAAGACGGGCUCACUCUCGGUCCUGGACCUUUCGUCACGGGGCUGGAAUACGCAGCCGACGUGGAAGCCACCGUGGUGGGGAAGCCUGAGCAGACGUUCUUCCUGGAAGCCUUGCGUGGUACCGGCUGCAGGCCAGAGGAAGCCGUCAUGAUUGGCGACGACUGCAGGGAUGACGUGGGAGGUGCCCAGAAUGCUGGGAUGCUGGGAAUACUGGUGAAGACAGGGAAAUACCGAGAGGGGGAUGAAGGCAAAAUUACUCCUCCUCCGUACUUAACUUGUGAGAGCUUUCCCCAUGCUGUAGACCACAUCCUCCGACAUCUCCUGUGAAGAAGCCUGCAAGAGUUACACAUCAGCAUCUCAUGCCAAAGGCUGAAACAUCCGGCGGCAUCCUCAGCAGAGCCCAGACUUGCUUGGGGAGCUCUUGCUGGACCACACCAAGCGAUCACAUUUGAAUGCUCUCCCCGGAAGGGUAGCUUCCUGUGCAUAGGAAUCACAGAGAAGAGUCGUAGCCUAGCCUUCACCCUGCCUGGCAUGCCAGUUUUCUUGUUCUUUUCACUGCAGAGAGAGCUCAAAUAGAUGUCCCCCCCCCCUUGUCUGCUGUCUAGCGUGGCACCUUCUGCGCUUUUGCAGAAUGCAUAGCUCAGUUAUUCCUGCGGCAUGACAUUUGAACGGAAAAGGAGAUAAACGCUAAGCCCAAGCCUUGUUAAAAAACAGUGAGGCAUGAGUGGACUGGCCUCUCUCUUCCCUUCCUCCUUCCCACACUGAUGCUAUGAGCAGGGGAAUUCUCAGGUGUUGUUUCUGAGCUCUGAGUGAUAAGUGUGUGUGUCAACAGUACAGUGCUGGUCAAUAACUGAGUUUGCAUGUUUGCCAGAGUCCAAAAGCAGCCAAGGUUCGCCGUUCACCUAAACAAAGUUUUUGAUCAAUCCAAACAUCACCAACCACAUUUAAACCACUUCAUGGUAACGUGUGUGGUGUGUUUUUUUUAAAGCGACAUGGUAAACGGUACCACAAGCUAUCAUUUACUGGAAGUCUAAAUUGCAAAAUAUCAAGGGAUUUUGUUUAGGUUACUUACCAUGCCUAGCCACUUUCCUCCUCCUGAUCCAAUUAAGUACAGCCGGGCUGCAUCUUAAUUAGCGAUUCUUAAUUUAAAGCACUCCUACCAUUCAUAAUCAUAUUCAUGGCUGAACUUCUGCCAGCCCAUUAAUAGAGGCCAGGGUUGUUUUUCAAUUUUUAUGCACAAAUUAGAACUACCAGGGCUUUACAGAUGUUUUAAUUAGGUGGGGUUAUUAACAGGAAUGGCUUGGAAACAGAGAUCUGGCCCAUAAUGGCUUCUAUAGACCAUGAAUUUCUGAUGUUAGACUUCAAUGGGGGCCUAUUAAUUUGACAGUUGCAAGGUUUCAUUGGGUUGGGGGAGUCCCCCACCCGUUUCCUUACGGAGAGGGAAAAUCCUAGGGAAACCAUGGGGACAAAUUCCCCACUUUUUAUGGGGUUUUGUUAGUACAGCUGUAAAAUGAAAUUGCAAUUUGAAGCAAGUCCCAUCCUUCCCGCACAUGUUAACAGCACCAAAAUGAGCUAACUUUUGUAAUGGCAGUAAAUGGCUUUUCUGGACCAUUUGCAAAACUAAGAAUGAAGCCCUUUUUGUUUACUUUA